AUGUCGAACGAAUCUACUACAAAGCGUUUUGGCUGGAUGAAGAUGAAGUCCAAAGCCGACCCUAAUCCUGAUCCAAAGCUUACAGGUAAGGGUGGUGUUGCGUCAUCAUUUUCCACUGCCAAUUCCAUGUCUCAAUUGUCCCACCAGAGAACCCCCACCAAUGAUUUUUCCCGAAAGAAUUCCAUCCUCUCUGGAAUGUAUGAUAGUGACCUACGCUCUGUACAUACUAACACAGACUCGGUUUAUUCCGCCAAUACAUCCUCAACACGUUACUCCUCUGGUACGAAAAAUUGGGCAGCUCCGUCUAAGGAUUCUUACCAACCGGAACGUCCCUCUGACACCGAGGUUGAAAGACUGUUUAGCAUAUUGAUGGACCAGAGAGAUUUCAAGAAUCUGCCUUCAAGUGCCCGUCAGGAAUUGGCAGAUUAUAGUGUUGAUAAAAAAUGGACACUGGUUGCUCAAGAUCAGAUCGCAGAAUACAAGAAAAACCAGAGGUAUCAAACGCACCAAAAACAAUACUAUGAACAGCAGUUAGCUCUAAAGAACCCCACCAGCGCUAUAAAUCCAAUAACAUUAGUUACUCCCGAGUUGGACAAAGAUGGUAUACUUUUGACUCCGGAGUAUUACGUUCGUAAGAUCAUUUCCAACACCAUUCAUGUCAAUGAACUGAGCAAUUUGUGGGUUUCUUUAAGAACAGAACCUAUGCAAUGGGUGAAAAAAUUUCUCAAAGCUCAAGGUAUGGUCGCAUUGGGGAACGUUCUUGGCCAGCUAUACAAGACUUCUCCUUUAAUGUCCAGCAAGAGUACGCCUGUAAUGUUCACUAAUGCCACUGAGGAAUAUAAUUCAUUGUUAGAGAAAGAGUCUAUACUCCUGCGAUGUCUAAGGGCAUCACUGAAUGCAUCUGAUAUAGGAGGCAGAGCUGCCAUAGAAUCAAAAAUCUUUUCUUCUACUGUGUUUGGUGCACUGUUCUCUACAAGAGCCGCCAAUAAGAAGCUUGCAGCAGAUAUGCUUGCCUUUCUUUCAAAUUGGCGAUUGAACACAGAAUAUGGAUACAUUUCUGGCUAUGAACAAGUCUGGGAAGCAUUCACGCAAAGGAUCGGAAAUAACUUUCAUUUAAAGCACCAAGCGCAGCUACAAAGGAACUCGAAGAAAAAGGUUACUUCGAGUGCACAAUCAACUACAUCGUCUGAUUCCAGUUAUAUAGACCUAACUCUAUCAGACUACAGCAAAAUGAGGUACGAAGGAUUUCUUUAUUCCAUCCUAAGAACUUUAGAAGGUAGAGGUAAGAUGGGUUCCAAAGUUGGUGCAUCUGAAGAGUAUAAAGAGCUAUCUAAUUCGAGUGAAAACUCCGUUGUAGAAUUCUUUGUAUCUUCCAUGAUAUUGAUCAAUUCUUUAAUCCAGUUGGAGCCGGAUAUACGAAAAAGAAUGAAUACUAGAAAUUCUUUCAAAAACGCACAUUUAUUAGACAUAUUCGAUUAUUUGAGAGACUUUGGUAAUGAAAUAAUUAACGAUCAAAUUGAAAAGUUUUUUGAUUAUGAAGCUCAAGACCAUCAACAAUUAUUGCAAUUAGAUACGUUAGAAGACAAGAACGUUGAUCUGAACGAUCCUGUGUCUCUUGUAAAGGUCAUUUGGGAGAAAAAUCAAGAUAGUGAGACUCAACGUUAUAUCAAAUCUAUGAUGCAAAACCUAUUCAUGAACCAGCUCGACUCUGAAAAAGCGGAUACAGGCAAAGGCUUGAAUAGAACACUCAAGCUAAUUGAUCGCUUGGUUUCAAAUGUUUCCAUGGCUGCUGCAGCUGCCUCAAAUGACGAAACUGCACUCAAUAUAACAAUUAAUCGGUUGUUCUCUUCUCUCCAAACUGAUGAUGUAGCCCGCAAAGCCAUUAUGGAAGCAAGAGAGGCUACGAAGAAAGCUGAAGAAGCCAUUGCGGAAAGAGAUGAACUCAUCCGACAGAUGAGCAUGGGUAGUGACGGGCUUGUAGAUCAGCUUAAACAGGAGUUACUGGAACAAGAAGUCAUAUUGAGUAAGCAAAGGCGGCAGAACGAGCAAAUAAUGAGUGAUCUAAGAGAGGCUAGGCGACUCAGAAUGGUUGAGAAGCAAGAACAGGAGUUGGAAAUAAGAGAACUUUUGAUUACUCUUAACAGUUUGAAAGAAAAACAAGCCCUUGAGCAUAGCAAUACUGAGCCAGUUGGGGCUAAGGAUGAUAGACUAAAGAGCCGCUUAUUACAGCAAUUGGAAAAGAAACAAAUUGAAUACAAAACAGAAUCCAGAAAAUACGGUGGUAUUGUGGAACCUAGUAAAAAGUUAAGAAGCCUUCGAAAUCAAAUGGAAGACAUUGAAAGAGAGGCCAAGGAGCUUGAAAUGACAGAAUUUUUGGACAAUGAUCAAAAACAGGGAUCGCCCUUACCACCAUCCCGACCUCCAAAACUUGAUGAUCUUGAGAAGUUAGAACAACUACGUCAGAAAUUAUACCUGCUUCAAAAGGACUCGAAUGAUGUAAUGAAGUAUCAAGCUGAUUUGUCACAGAAAGAUCUUUAUAAGAAGGAAAAGAUGCUAGCUAUGGAAAGAUUACAGACCCUCCAAAAACAGUUCAAAGAUCUCAAUAUCGAUUUUUCAUUACCUCCAGAUAGUGAGUCCGAAGGUUACACAAUGGACCCUAAGUUCAAUGAACGUUUGAUCCGAACGAUGGAUGAAGUCGAAAAUAUAAGCUCUGAGCUUUCUAACAAGCUUGAUCUUACGGAUAAUAAGAAACGUCUAUCCAGGAGGCGCUCUGAUUUGGCCAGUAUUUAUAGUUCAACUCCAAGCUCUAGAAGAGGAAGUUAUAGACUGGAUUAUUCGGAGAUCGAGGCCAAAUACACCAGUGGUAAAGUAAAGCAAGCUUCGUCUAUGGAUUUGGAGGUAAAUUCUAAUGCUCCAACAACUGUUGAAACCAUCAAGUCUAAGGGCAUGAAUCCCAAAUUUCUCUCAGAACUAUCUUCCAAAGUUGCUAAAACGUCAACAAUUGAAGAUCCUGAUUCUGACUCUGACUAUGCAUCCAACUUUAAUUUGGAAGUUAAUCACAAAAUGCGAAGACACAAGAAUUUGAAGAGAAGUACUGAUCAGUCCCAUUCAUCAUCAGAAAAUGAUGAUUCUGAUGCAAUAAUAGAGACUAAAAGGGAACACAAAGAUGUUAAUAGUGCUCCAACUUCAAUAUCUCACCCACCAUCAGAAGAGCUGAAUGCUACUGACAAAAGUAUCAUCUUAUCGGAAGACGAAAAAGUUGCUAGUCCGAAGAAGAAAGGUCCAUUGGUCGCCGAUAAAGCGCCUCCACCCCCCUCUCCCCCUCCUCUUCCUUCCAACAUCGCAGGUGGGGCAGCUCCUCCACCACCACCACCCCCUCUUCCGGAUAUUAAAGGAUCAGUUCCACUAGCACCUCCACCGCCUCCCAUGGCGCCUCCUUUAUUGAUGAAAGGGGACUCCCCUUCUCCGGUACCCUCACCAUUUUUACCAUCUUCACCCUUUGCUGAUAUCCCUAGACCCACAAAGAAACUUAAACAGCUACAUUGGGAAAAAAUUGAUGAUACCAAUGGUUCCUUUUGGGAAAAUACUGGCUAUUCGGAAUUUGUGAAGGAGCUUUUAGCCAAAGGUGUAUUUGAUGAAGUUGAAAACAUUUUCGCCGCUAGAGAAAUAAAGAAACUCACCGGACGAAAGAAAAACGAUGCUGACAAGAUAACUUUCCUUCAAAGGGAUAUUUAUCAUCGAUUCGAAAUUAAUCUACAUGUUUUCAACAACCUAAGUGACGAAGAACUAGUGCUAAAACUUCUUCGAUGUGAUCACGAUGUUAUGCAAAAUUCGCACGUACUUGAAUUCUUGGGAGGUCAGGAGUUAGUGGAAAUUCCUACCACAUUGGCCCGUAAUUUGGAGCCGUAUAGCACGGAUUGGACAACUGGCGAGAGAAAGCAACCUGAAAAAGAUGCAAACGAACUGAAACGAGCUGAUAGAGUCUAUUUGGAAUUGGUUUACAAUCUACAGCAUUAUUGGAAGUCUAGAAUCCGAGCUCUGAACGUAAUAACCACAUACGAGAAAGAUUAUCAGGAUCUCGUUCAGAAGUUGAAUCUGAUUGAGGCUGCCACCGAUGCGCUGACUAAUUCCACCUAUUUAAAGCAAAUUUUGGACAUUAUUCUUGCUGUGGGUAACUACAUGAAUGACACUUCAAAGCAAGCUCAAGGUUUCAAAUUGAACACUUUGCAAAGGCUUUCAUUCAUGAAAGACGACAAAAACUCAAUGACAUUUCUUCACUAUGUGGAGAAAGUUGUUCGAACCUCGUAUCCUGAACUUACAGCAUUUAUAGACGAGCUCAAGCCAUGUGUUGAUGCAUCUAAAAUACCUGUGGAACAAAUUCAACAAGAGUGUAAAGAGUAUAUUAAUAGUAUCAAGAAUGUGGAUGCCUCUCUAGAGGUUGGAAAUCUAAGCGAGUCAUCAAAAUUUCAUCCCGAAGACCGGGUUCUUGUCAAAGUUCUCCCUAGAAUGCCAACAGCAAGAAGGAAGAGUAAUCUGCUGGAUGAUCAACUUGUAAUUGUGAUCGAUAACUUUGAAAAACUUAUGAGUUUUUUUGGAGAAGAUGCCACAGACCAAUUUGCAAAGAACUCAUUUUUCAAGAAGUUUGCCGAUUUUGUUUCAGAUUUCCAAAGAGCUUCUAGAGAGAACAUUCAAAGAGAGGAAGAGCAGAGACUGUAUGAGCAGAGAAAGAAAUUAAUGGAAACACCAAAGAAAAGUGAAGUCGUAGCUGCUGUGUCUGAUGACGCGGCAAGUCCAGUUUCGGAUAAUGUGGUAGAUGACUUGCUGAAAAAGCUUAAAGCCGUUGGUCCUACAAGGGGAGACCCUCAAUCAGCUAGAAGAAGAGCAUUAGCAAGAAGGAAUCUUGCUGAGACAAGGAAGAAUGUCAACUCAGUUUCUUUAUCUUCGGCUUCUCUAGGAAUACCUUAUGACGGUGAAGACGCCCUUAACGAUUCAAUUGAAAAUGCUGAUGCCGUACACGACAACAGUGAGGGAGACGACAUUGAAUCUCGAGCUAUGUCAUUAUUGAAAGGCAUUCGUUCGGACUCUGAUGCUACAACGGAGAAAACCAAAGGGUCUGGACAUACAUCCGCUCAGGAAUACAGGAAGAUGCAAAGAUCACGCCGUUUACAGGAGGAAAGAGAAGGCAAUUCAAACGAUUCAAAGAGCUCUCUGCAGAACAUUAGUCCUCUCAAAGACAACAGUAGGCACAGCAGCGCAGUAUCGUUGGUCGAAUCAGAGGUACCAGAUGAUGGUCAAGGUAAGUUGAAAAUGUCAUCGUCGACUUUUACUCUUGAUAGUGAUCACCAACUCACGGAAACUCCACAAUCAGAAAAUUACGAAGAUGCUAGAGAAGAAUCAAUAUAA